GUCUGGGAUCCCAAACGCUUUGUUACAAGUGUAACAAAAAAAUGGAAGUUCUCCAAAGGUGCGGAAAGUGCAAGUCAGUGCAAACAUUAUCUCGUGUCUCGAAUUAAACGCCAUACAGAAUGGCUAGAUACUGUUCUAGAGAAUGUCAAAAGCAGCACUGGCCAGAGCAUAAGCCCCACUGUAUUAAUCAUGAGAAGGAAAUGACAAAUGACUAUCAAAAAGAAGUGUUCAAGCCGUUCACCUGUUGGCUCGAUACAUGGCGCCAUGCCAUUGAAGUCUGGGCUUUCUUCGCAGCCAAUCAUAACUUCAUUCUUGCAUCUGCACUCCCACUAACUGCGACUCAUGGACUUUGGACUCCAGUGGCUUCUCGUGUAGUCAACCCAAGCGGUGCCAUGGAUUUUUUGCUCAAGUAUUUGCAUCUACCGUCUUCUCUUGAAGAGUCCCGACGAAUAGUACUGAAGGCCCUUUGAACCAGCUUCGUUCUGAGGAUAACCUCAGUACCUUCUUCAGGAAAGAAGGCUAGCUCGCGAAAGGCAUUAAAGUAUGACGACUCGCAGUUCAUGACACGUGAAGAUGUAAUCACACGCGUGUUUGCCAAGUUGCCAGACGACCAGAGUUAUCGCCAGACUCUUUUGCGUGAUCUUAACAAGCAGCCAAUUAAA